ACAGCAGAUAAACACGGCUCUGGGGUCAGCCCGCUGUCUGUCAGCAUGGCUGUAUUAUUCUCACUAGUGAUUCACACACGCGCAGGGUAGAGUUUAUCACUCUCCAAAAAACACACAAACUACAGAUAAAGCCGAGAAAACAGCAGCAGCUAAAUCUAAAACUAAAGCUCCUCUCUGUGACCUGCAGCUGCUGUAGGGAUAUGUAGACUGACAUCUCCUCAACUUCUAGACCAUGCCUCAGUUUAGCAGGAUCUGCUGAAUAUAUAAGGUGCUGCUCAAAGGAGAUGCUCCGAUUAGUGUCCCAUCAGCCAUGGCGAUGCUCCCCAGCUGCUGUGUGGAGGCGAUGGUGCACAGCGGCAGCAGAAGCCAAGCAUCAGCAGAACUCCAAAGAGACCCGUACGAAUCCCCUCAACAUCCAGAUGCUCUCCAGGAACCUGCGGGAGCAGAUCUUCCGCAGCUCAGUGCAGGAGUACGCAGACGAGGACAUAGACCGGAGCAUUAGGCAUUUAGAAAAACAUAGUCUGUGGGGGAAGGAGGCUGUGCUCCUACCUGAGGUGGAACUGAAAUUGCCACAGAUGUACGGUGAUGAUAUUGAUGAGCACUUUCGCAUUCUGGCCCAGAAACAAACCCUGCCUUACCUAGAGGCAGCUAGUCAGCUUCAGCAAGCACAUCUCCCUCAAAUGCCACAAAAGUGGGCUUGGGAGGUGGGCUGGACCCGGUAUGGGCCGGAUGGACAGUGCAAGAAGGUGAAUUUUCCUGAGGAGAAUGCUGUGGUUUUUGAUGUGGAAGUCUGCAUGGCUGAGGGCCGCUGUCCUACACUGGCUGUGGCUGUUUCUCCAACUGCAUGGUAUUCAUGGUGCAGUAAGAGGUUGGUUGAAGAGAGGUACACCUGGUCCAGCCAGCUCACACUUGCAGAUCUCAUCCCACUAGAGACUCCGUCUAACUCCAGUCGGCCUCCAGGAGGACAGUGGAAGGAAAGGCUUGUGAUUGGACACAAUGUCAGCUUUGACCGUGCACACAUUAAAGAGCAGUACCUUCUGAAGGGCUCAAAGAUGCGUUUUCUAGACACAAUGAGCCUCCACAUGGCUAUCUCGGGACUGACAGGUUUUCAGCGUUCCCUAUGGAUGGCUUCUAGGCAUGGGAAGAGACGAGGCCUGCAGGAAGUCAAAGAGCACAUAAAGAAGCUUGGACGGCGCCCUGAGGGCCCAAUGAUUGGCUCUUGGGAGUGGGUUAACAUCAGCAGUAUUAAUAAUUUGACAGAUGUCCAUGCUCUCUAUGUUGGUGGGGAACCCCUGAAGAAAGAGCCCAGGGAUAUUUUUGUGAAGGGCAGCAUGAAUGACGUUAGAAAUAAUUUCCAGGAAUUGAUGCAGUAUUGUGCUACAGAUGUACUGGCCACUCAUGAGGUGUUUACCCAGCAGCUGUCUCUCUUCAUGGAGCGGUGUCCUCAUCCAGUGACGUUUGCAGGGAUGCUGGAGAUGGGUGUCUCGUACUUGCCUGUGAAUGAGAGCUGGGGACGGUAUAUAGAAGAUGCCCAGGACACAUAUGAGGAGUUGCAGAGAGAAAUGAAGAAAUCGUUGAUGAUUCUGGCUGAUGAUGCAUGCCAGUUACUGCAAGAUGACAGGUACAAAGAAGACCCUUGGUUGUGGGAUUUAGAUUGGGAUGUCCAGGAGUUCAAGAAGAAGAAAAUGCCUGUGAGAAAAUCAAAGAAAGCCAAGCUAGAGGCUGAAACAGCAGCAGCAGCAGCUUUGAAUAAUAAAAGUCCAAAGAAAGACUGGGAUGAAGAUCCAGGACCCCCAUCGGAAGAGGAGCAGGGGAGGCCAGACCCCUGUAGGGAACUUGUGGAGCGACUAAAAGGCACAGUGAACCUCCUCCCCAAGAGGAGACAGCACAUGCCAGGCCACCCGGGCUGGUAUCGGAAACUGUGUGCAAGGAUGUCGGAGAAGGAGGAUGAGGCUUGGUCUCCUGGAGCGAGUCUCAUUACUCUGCAGAUGAGGCUCACACCCAAGCUGAUGGGUCUGACCUGGGACGGCUUUCCCCUGCACUACACAGACAAGCAUGGCUGGGGUUACCUGGUCCCAGGCCGCAGAGACAACCUAGACACCACAGAGGACAGUGAGGGACCUGUGUGCCCCCACAGAGCAAUAGAAGCUAUUUACAGAGAGUACUGCGAGGAGAAGGGAAAAGGUAAGCCACUGUGUCUUGACAACCAACAAUCAGAUGACCUCAUGCUGACUGACAGCAGUGUCUGGCAAACAGUGGAGGAGUUGAGUAUGCUGGAAGUUGUGUCUGAUGAUGAGGCUGUCCCAAGAACAGUGAGACCAAAAAAGGCACAGCGUUCAUCACUGGAACUGGAUGCAGGUGAAAGUGAGUGCCCGUAUCACCAUGGUAAUGGACCAUACAAUGACGUCAACAUCCCUGGCGUCUGGUUCUUUAAGCUGCCUCAUAAGGAUGGGAAUGAGAACAAUGUGGGCAGUCCCUUUUCAAAGGAUUUCCUGUCAAAAAUGGAGGAUGGGACUCUUCACUCAGGUCGAGGAGAAACGAAUGCAACGCGGGCUCUGGAGAUCAACAAAAUGAUGUCAUUUUGGAGAAACGCCCAGAAACGCAUCAGUUCUCAGAUGGUGGUUUGGCUUCGUAAAGGGGAACUUCCUCGAACUGUAAGCAGACAUGAGGACUAUGAUGAGGAGGGGCAGUAUGGCGCCAUCUUGCCACAAGUUGUUACUGCUGGGACGGUCACCCGCAGAGCUGUGGAGCCAACAUGGCUGACGGCCAGUAAUGCACGGCGAGACCGUGUGGGCAGUGAGCUUAAAGCUAUGGUGCAGGUGCCACCUGGGUAUCACCUGGUGGGGGCGGAUGUGGACUCUCAGGAGCUGUGGAUUGCCGCUGUGCUGGGAGAAUCUCACUUUGCUGGCAUGCAUGGCUGCACUGCAUUCGGAUGGAUGACCCUGCAGGGGAAGAAGAGUCAGGGCACUGACCUGCAUAGCCGCACCGCCAACGCUGUGGGCAUCAGCCGCGAACAUGCCAAAGUCUUUAACUAUGGCCGGAUCUACGGUGCAGGCCAGCCCUUUGCUGAGCGCCUUCUAAUGCAGUUCAACCACAGGCUCAGCCAGCCAGAGGCUGCCGAUAAAGCCAAGCAGAUGUAUGCACUCACCAAAGGGCUGCGCAGGUAUCAUCUCUCAGAGGAAGGGGAGUGGUUGGUUAAUGAACUUGGUGUGGAUGUGAACUGGGAUGAAUAUGGGACUGUUUCCAGAGAGGAAUUGCGCAGGAUUUCUAAACUGGCUGGCACAAGCUUUCGGAAUAAGAAGAGGUGGGAUUUGGUAGGCCGCAGAGUGUGGGCUGGAGGCACAGAGUCAGAGAUGUUCAACAAGCUGGAAAGCAUCGCUCACUCAGAGCAGCCCGCCACUCCUGUGCUGGGCUGCAGGAUUUCCAGAGCUUUAGAGCCGGCUGCGGUUAAAGACGAGUUCAUUACCAGCAGGGUGAACUGGGUGGUUCAGAGUUCAGCAGUAGACUACCUGCACCUGAUGCUGGUGGCCAUGAGGUGGCUUCUGGAGGAGUUUGAUAUUGAUGGCCGAUUUUGUAUCAGCAUUCAUGAUGAGGUGCGCUACCUAGUGAAGAGUGAAGACCGCUACAGAGCUGCACUCGCUCUGCAGAUCACCAACCUGCUCACCAGAUGCAUGUUUGCUUAUAAGUUGGGAAUGAAGGAUCUCCCUCAGUCUGUGGCUUUCUUCAGCGCAGUAGACAUUGAUCAGUGCUUACGGAAGGAGGUCACCAUGGACUGUGCAACUCCGUCUAACCCUAUUGGACUUGAGGGCCGGUUUGGAAUACCACAAGGUGAAGCACUGGACAUCUACCAGAUCAUUGAGAAAACCAAAGGUUCUUUGGCCAAAGAAAAAUAGCCUUCUAAAAAAAAAAACCGAAAG